AUGAGAAGAGCAUGUCUCAUUAAACAACUAAAGCACUCUUGUCAAAUGUUGAAAAAUGGCAAUCUUAUAUCAAUAAGAGGCUUCCAUAAACUUCAUUUUCAAUGUGUCUCCCAAGUAAAGCUGAAACUUGGAUAUUUUCAAGCCAAACAAGAAGUACUUAAGAGUACAAAGUCUGAAAGCCAAAGAAAGAUAGAAGCUCAGAAAACCAGACUCAAAAAACUUCAGAAGAAGGCUUAUUCUCGACAACAUGCACAAUAUAUUCUUAAAUCUAAGUAUAAUGUACCUUCAAAGGUGCUAGAGAGUACAAAUGUUGGACCAACGAGUCAGUCAGAUCUCAAGUUUUUAACCAUGACACGAGAUAGACGACUAAUGUACACUAUGUUAGGUGUCACGGGAGAGCAGCUGAGGGAUUCCAAGUUAGUUUCAAAUGAUGUUACAAAGUUUCUAAAGCGAGGACAGCUUGAAAAGGCUGUUUUCCUAGUAAGAAUUGCUCGGAAUAAAGGAAUUGUGGGGAUGAAUAAAAUUAUUGAGUAUUAUUGCGAAACUCUGUUUGAUGCUAAUUCUGCGAUCGACAUGUAUACUUGGCGAAAGAAAUGGGGAAUUCCUCCCAAUGAAUAUACACAUACCAUACUAUUCAAUGGUCUGGCAAAAUUAAGACAAUCACUAAGCGAAAAGCAAGCUUCUAAGAUAUUGAAAAUUGCAAUUCAACUCAUCGAAAAAAAUGAACUAAAUCAGAUUGGUUUUAAUGCAGCUUUAGAGGCUCUUGUUAACAGUACAAAUAUUGAGCUCGUAUUUGAGCUUUACGAUAGGAAGCCCAAGUCGAUCAAAAAUGACAAAAUCACAUUUUCGAUACUACUUCGAGCGCUUUCAAAAGUUAAGGAUGAUAGACUUUGCAUGGCAAGAACAGAUGUGGUAAUGGCGCAGAUACCCAGAACUGCUAUCGAUAAUCAAAUAAUGUAUGAAUAUUGUAAAAUAUGGAGUUGUAGAACAGAUUCACAACUAAGCCCGUUGGCAAUAUUAGCCAUACACAGGCUGUUUGAUAUUGAUCUAGGUCAACACAAGAUAAGCUGUCCGGAAGGGGUGGUACUACCCGAGUUGGACUAUUGGAAACUCGGUAAGCGUUUUCCUGUCAACAGAUUUAUUCUCGAAUUGUUUCUUGAUUGCUGUGACAAGAACAGUCAAUAUCAGCUUGCUCUCGAUACCUUUAAUAAAUGCGUGUCAGCGAAUAAGCAAGCCCUGACUCCUCGAAUUUUUGAAAGAAUGAUUCAAAUCGUCACAAAUGGGUUUCCCACAGGGUGUUCACAGCAUGCCCUUCGGAUAUUCAAUUCUAUGGAAAUUGAAUUCAGAUCGACCAAAAGCUCUAUGAUUUUAGUGUACAAAUCCUUUGAGCGCCAGGCUGGGAAGAAGUUAAUUAAUGACGAUAGCGUCAAACUAGACAAAUUAAUCCACAGCAUGCGUGAGUUUGCCAUGCAAAAUGAAAGCAAGCACAGCGCGUAUUUCAAGUGUUCCGUGUUAGAAUGGAAGGCCUGGAUUUUUGCUUGGAAUAUCAUUAAUAGAGGCAAUGAACGUCAAAAACUACCCGUUCAAACGAGAAAGCUGCUUCUGGAUGAUUUCAUCAAAACUUUUAUAACCAUGAGUUCGAAUUUGAAUACUAUCGACAAAGGCGAUCGGCAGAGCUUGAGACAUGUUGGAUUAGAAUGUGCACGGUUUGUCAGCGCCUUCGCGGAUCGAUACAAGAUAGAGGGAUCUUUAGAAGUGGCAGAAAAUGGGCCUCUGAGAGAGAACUUUUUAUUCAGAAGAAUGCUCAUUCGCUUCAAAAGCAAGCUACUGGAAUUAGUGAAGGUUAUUGAGGCUGAGGGCGAUAAACUCAGUGAACCCAACUCAUCGCUUAGAGACACUGCGGAGCUCCUCUUGGGCAUGAAAGCACCGGAUGCAUAG